AUCCAGCUUCCCUCUCGCCAUGGCAGUCGACAUAUCGCACAGUGUGAAUCCUGACCAGGCGACGUUCCUUGGGUUUGGACUGGAAGGCAUAUUCUACGGAAUCCACAUUCUUUUGUUCGGCGUCGCAACUGUUCUCUUUUCGUCUCGAGGGGCAUUGAAGCAUCAGAGUGCCCGGCCGAUUCUCAUCGCGACUUGGAUCCUGUUUGCGCUGUGCACUCUGCACUUUUCCCUGAACUUCCAGAAUGUCUACGUAUCUACCGUGAGCGUUGGAUGCCAUAUGGGGUGAGCGGGCAUCUGAUCCUGCGCCGUAGAUGGUCAAUUUCCGCCCACAUGUUUCGGCAGAAACACCCCGGCUGGUCGCUGCGGACGCAUCGUUCAUUCUGGCUGAUUUCUUUGGACAACUUGUGUUGAUCUAUCGUUGCUAUCUUGUCUGGGCCAACAACAUCUGGGUUGUCAUUCUCCCCUUUUUGAUCGCCUUGGGCUCUGUCUCGUGUGGAAUGGCAGUGACGGGGAUAGUUCAGAGCCUCAGUCCAACAGCGACGCAGGUUCCCACCGCACUCGUCCCCAUGGGCGAUGCGACGUUUUCGCUGUCCAUUAUCUGCAAUUUCAUCACCACAGGUCUGAUUGUGGGCCGCCUGUGGUGGAUGACCCGGGGGAUGGACUCAAACAUCGGCGGAAAGGCGCAGACCCUCGCCCAAAAAGCGUCCGGCAUCAUCGUCGAGUCGGGCAUGCUGUUCUUCCUCACGCAAUUUGUUUUCAUCGUCCUGUUCGCCAUUGCGCAUCCGGCUCAGGCGAUCAUGGAACCUAUAGCAAUCCAAGUCUAUGGCAUCUGUCCGCUGCUGAUCGUGGUCAGAGUCGGCCUCGGAAUGUCAUACGAGCAGACCAUAGCUACCUCCACUCGAGGGCAUACUUCUGGCAGGAUCGAAACGAGCUCCGAGAUUGAUUUCACAGGCGGCAAGCUUCGUGGUCAAUCACGAACGAAAGUCAAUACUGCCAAUACCGACACCGACUACGAAAUGAGCCAUUCGUUCUCAAAGAGGAGUCUUAACAGUGGCACCGAGACUGCUUGAGACGCUCUCCGCUCAUCCGAUUUAUUCAGUAUUUCCUUGGGAGUCCACUAAUAUAUAUAUGUGCUAGCCUCACAUUGUAAAUGUAACUCGAUGGAACCAAUACUCUUGGAAGCGUUCAAUUAGUCUGCUUUGGUAGACCGGGGAUUUGUGUUGUGAGUGAUCAGGUCAACGUUAUAUAUUUACAGCGGCUACAUGUGGGGGAAAACGCACAGAGUACAUUAUUAUCACAACAAGAGCCUACGGAUUUAGGCAUCCUUGUCCCGUGCCCUCCUAAUCUCCUCCAAGAUACUCGUCACACCGUUGACGUCACCGAUACUCGCCUUCCCCGCCUUCCAGUCAACGACGACAGGCCACUUGAGCGCAUCAGGUACGUCUCGUCCGAGUUUGGACACUUCGGACAAGUCGGCAUGAGUGGAUGACGUCGAUGACGGAUGAGCGGAGAGGAACACGGAGGCGGCGGGCACGUCGGUUUUGGUGGGGAGGAACGAAAGGAUCGUCUUGAGUUGAUCGGAGGUCGGUGCGCCCUCAACGACGUCGAGUUUGAAUUCGAGCGGUUUGGAAGAGGUACCAGGAGGAUAAGGUGCGGACAGCGCGGAGCGGAGGAGGGUGAGGGCCUGAGGCAUGCAUAUCAGCAAUGUUGCUUGCUUGCGAGCUAGUUUCCUUGCCUUGUUGGAGGGCGGAGACUUUGCGUUGUGACUGCACGGCCAUGAUCGCUUCAGCACCUCAAUCUGUCGGGCUUUCGAAUCACCUACAAAAUCGAGAUCUCUGGCUGUACGAAAGUCAGUAGUUGAGCGGAGAGUAGGCGCAGUGCGUACAAUAAUGCGUGUCCAGCCACCAAACAUGUCUGGCGAUGUAAGUAGUAGCAAAAGAGAGGAAGUGGCGACUCGGAUGGCGAGCCUUCUGCUGUCAGAGCCCGCCGAUCAAGGCCGAACACGUGCCGCAUCACUUACUUCGCUUCUGCCCAACUGCCGGCCUCUAAAGAUGUCGAAAGCACUCGAAGAAAAAAACCCGCGCGGCAUCCCGCGCGCCCCAUUCAUCGCCGAUGUUGAACAGCACAUCGGUGGCCCCGAUGGCGAGGUCGAGGGCCCACUCAAAUCCUUCCAAGAUGCCCUUGCCAAGUACCGAUUCAUGGACGGCAACCUGACACAACGCAAAGCCGGACUGGAGGAGAAGAUCCCUGAUAUCAAGAAAACACUGCUGAUGGUGAAGUAUCUGCAUGAGCGGAGGGAAGGAAAGUCGAAAGCGACCGAUGACGAAGGCGAAGACGAUCUUGACGCAGACGACGAUGAUCUCGAAGAAGGCAGUACCCAAAAGCCUUUGACGACAACUUUCGAGCUCAACGACACGCUUUUCGCGGAGGCAGAGCUGGAGGAUACUGAUACCGUCUUUCUGUGGCUAGGAGCAAACGUUAUGCUCUCAUACAAGAUACCCGACGCAAUCUCGCUGCUCCAAUCUAAACUACAAGUCGCGGAGCAAAGUCUGCAGAACACGAUAGAAGAUCUUGAGUUUCUGCGGGAGCAGAUAACAGUGAUGGAGGUGAACACGGCCCGGCUAUAUAAUUGGGAUGUGAAACGAAGACGAGAGAGGCGAGAACGUGAGCAAGCGACCGGGAAGACGAUCAAAGCAGAGGGUGGCUGA